AUGUCCUCCUCCCUCGCCCUCGACCAAGCCGACAUCGAGAAGCUCAACGACAAGGACAAGGCCGAGCUCCGCCAGUUCUUCGCCAACGAGGAGCAAAAGAGCAAGAUCCAGAGCCAAUCCCACGCCCUCACCUCCCUCUGCUGGAAAAAGUGCAUGGCCUCCUCCUCCACCUUCAAGUCGGGCGCCCUCGACGGCACGGAAAAGGCCUGCCUCGCCAACUGCGUUGAGAGGUUCAUGGACGUCAACAUGGCUACUGUUAGGCAGCUGGCUGGCAUGGGGGGACGUCACUAG